AUGAAGCUUCUAUUGGCAGUUAUUAUCCUCUUGGCUUUCGUCUAUACUUAUGCCUAUCCCAGCUAUAACGAACAUAGUGCUGAGGGACAUGAUCAUCAUGGCGAAGAGCGUGACGGUACACGAGAAAAGCGUUCACAAAGCGAGGAAGAUCCGCCUGCGGAAGGACAUGUGGCAGAAGGCGAGGACCACUCUGAAUCCAGUCAACAGUUUGAAUUAGUCGAGCCCUCUUUCCGAAAGCGACGAGACACCGGAGAUCACACUGAUGAAACAGACCAUUCGGAGCAAGAUGACGAAGAACAGCAUCACCAUGAGAAGAGAUCAGGUCAUUUGGGUCGUCAUGAUCACGUUCAGAAAAGACACGCAGAUGAGCAUGACCAUCACGGAGAGGAACCGACAUUUGCCUCCGAUGACAUUCACCAAGUAGAUUCACCGUUCGAAUGA